AAAAACACAGCUUGAGCUCUGCCAAGCCUAAUUAUAACCAUCGGGCUGCCUGGCACCGACUUUCCCACCCGGCAUUGACGGACUGUCCAUUGUUAAGUGACGCCCGGACGGCUUGGGAAUCGGAUUGAUCUCCUCGGAUCUGUAUCAAACUUCCCCGACACGCCAGACUCUCCCCGCCCCCGAGGAGUGGGAUUUCCCUGCCGGUGACUGCCGGGCUCCCCGGUGCCGUGGGACGUCCCUGCUCUCCGGGACACUCCGGCGGCUCCACUUCCCCCUCACACGCCGGCUGGGCUCCUCCCCCGCGAGUGUCGGCGGCCGCUGGGAGCCUCUGCGAGGAAGCUGCUGCCGGAGCCGCUGGGGAGGAGGCGGGGAGCGGAGCCCGGGACACGCCAGCAGUCACCCUAUGAAUUACUGAAGUUAUUUAAAACCAACAAAAUGCCAAGGAGCUGGUGACAUCCCCAUUGCAGCUAUGGAUUUGGAUAGAUCCUCUGUCUGGGGAUCCCUGAAACAGAAGACCAGGCCUUUGUUACAAAACUUCAGCAUAAACAGGACAAAGAAAAGCUUUAGAAAAAUGGUGGAUAGAAGGCAAAGGCAUUCCUUGGACCGGCGCCUCAGCGUAUCUGUGCCUGACAUACUGGAGAGUGAGUCUUUCACAGACGAAGAAACUACUUAUUCAGGUUCCCAGGCCUUGUCCACCUAUAUCCCCAGCACUCUUUCCAGCUCGGUCAUGUCUCUCAAGAGCAGCAGCACUCCUUUGAAAAGGGCAGGAGAGGACCUGCAAUGGAGACAGCAGGAGUCUGUGCACACGGAAAUCAACAUUAUGGAAACAGAAACGGAAGUCAUGUGUGGAUCAGAACCCAGACGGAAAUCCAGCAUUGACCUCUUUGCAUUGCUGCAGAGAGCACGCCUGAGUGGUGAUCUGACAGAAGAAAUGACUGAGCAUCCAUGUGAAGGGAUAGAUCUGGAAUCUUCAAUGUCCUCUCAACUUUUUGAUGAAGAAAUUGCUCUUGAGGAAGGAAAUGACUGUUUGAGCAGCUUGCCCAGCUCCUUUGCUUACCUACUGACAAUACACCUGAAAGAAGGCCGGAACCUGGUCAUUCGGGAUCGCUGCGGUACAAGUGAUCCAUAUGUGAAAAUUAAAUUGAAUGGAAAAACUCUAUACAAAAGUAAGGUCAUCUACAAAAACCUAAAUCCAGUUUGGGAUGAAACUGUUGUGUUGCCAAUAAAGACUCUUGAUCAGAAGCUCCGGGUCAAGGUAUAUGAUCGAGACUUAGCCUCCUCUGACUUCAUGGGAUCCGCAUUUGUGGUGCUCAGCAACCUUGAGCUCAACAGAACUACUGAACAGAUUUUAAAAUUGGAAGAUCCAAACAGUUUAGAAGAUGACAUGGGAGAGAUUGUGUUAAACUUGAGUCUAACAGUCAAGCAAGGAGACUUCAAGAGAACUAGAUGGUCAAAUCGGAAGAAACAAACUUCAUCCAAGUCAAGUUUCAUACGAAAUGUGCGACUAUAUGAAUCCAUGCGAAAGAACGAAAUAUGGAAUGGAAUUGUGACGAUCACUUUAUUGGAAGGGAAGAAUAUCCCAGGAGGGGGCAUGACGCAGAUUUUUGUCCUGUUAAAACUGGGAGAUCAAAAAUAUAAGAGUAAGACACUGUGUAAGAGUGCAAAUCCUCAGUGGAGGGAACAGUUUGAUUUUCACUACUUCUCUGACAGGAAGGAUAUGUUGGACAUUGAGGUCUGGGGAGAGGAUAACAAAAAGCAUGAGGAGCUUUUGGGAAUGUGUAAAGUGGAUAUUACUGCGCUACCUAGCAAGCAGACCAAUGUUUUAGAACUGCCGGUGGAGAAGCAUCUGGGGUCUCUUCUAAUGCUAAUUGCUGUUACCCCCUGUUCAGGAGUUUCUAUCUCUGAUCUAUGUGUCUGCCCCUUGGGAGACCCCAGUGAAAGGAAACAGAUUUCCCAGCGCUAUUGUAUAAAGAACUCCCUUCAGGACAUGAAGGACAUAGGCUUCUUACAGGUCAAAGUUUUAAAGGCAGUCGACCUGUUGGCAGCAGAUUUUUCAGGUAAAAGUGACCCUUUCUGUGUGUUAGAGUUGGGCAACGACAGACUUCAGACCCACACAAUUUACAAAAACCUCAACCCAGAAUGGAACAAAGUUUUUACCUUCCCUAUUAAAGAUAUCCACGAUGUUCUUGAAGUGACAGUGUUUGAUGAAGAUGGAGAUAAACCCCCUGAUUUUCUUGGAAAAGUUGCGAUCCCUUUGCUGUCUAUUAGAAAUGGACAGCAGUGUUGUUAUACAUUGAAGAAUAAAGACCUGGAACUUGCUUCAAAAGGAGUAGUUUGCUUGGAGCUGGAUGUCCUAUUUAAUCCAGUAAAAGCAAGUAUCAGAACCUUCAAGCCACGAGAAAAGCGCUUCAUUGGAGACAACCGCAAGUUUUCAAAGAAGAUCUUAUCGAGAAAUGUUGAUCGUGUGAAAAAAAUCACCAUGGCAAUAUGGAACACAAUACAAUUCCUAAAGAGCUGCUUUCUCUGGGAAUCUACACUAAGGAGUGUGGUAGCAUUUGUGGUAUUUGUGGUCACUGUUUGGCACAUAGAGCUUUACAUGGUGCCUCUGGCUUUGUUGCUGCUCUUUGUUUACAACUUCUCUCUGAUCACGACAGGGAAGGUCAGCAGUGCCCAGGACACCCAGGAGACCACAUACCUAGAUGAGGAUGAAGAUGAGGAUGACAAGGAAUCUGAGAAAAAGGGAUUAAUUGAAAGAAUCCACAUGGUCCAGGAUAUUGUUAUAACGGUUCAAAACAUCUUAGAAGAAAUAGCAUCGUUUGGAGAGAGAAUUAAAAACACAUUCAAUUGGACGGUGCCUUUCCUGUCGGUCCUGGCCUGCUUGGUACUGACAGCAGCGACAGUUAUUUUGUAUUUCAUACCAUUGAGGUACAUUGUUUUAAUCUGGGGCAUAAAUAAAUUUACUAAGAAGCUUAGAAAUCCCUAUGCCAUCGACAGUAAUGAGUUACUAGAUUUCCUCUCCAGGGUACCAUCUGAUGUUCAAAAGGUGCAGCGUGCUGAAUUGAAACCAUACAGCAGCUCCAGUCCCCUCAGGAAGAAAUGGAGUACUCUAUAGGAUGCAGACAGAUUUUGGAAUGCAGUAUCCCCCUCCAUAUACACACACAUACAUAUUUUUUUUCUCCCCACACCCUUUUUUUGGUCCAGAUGAACACUAUAAUAACUGCCAUGGGCCCAGGAAGGUCCCUCUGGAAGACGUACGUUUUCUGAUGUGCACCUAUCCUGGGCUGCCUUUCUUUUUGGCAUAGAGGCCUAGCCCAACCAGAGCAGGGCAGAAGACAAGGACGAAUUAGUGGGUGGAGAAGAGCACAAGCACAUGUUCCAUUUUUUAACUUGGAUUAUUAGGGUAAGACGGAAUGUCGCAGCUCUCCUUGUGUGUAUGUAGCAAGAUACAAUUCUGCCUAGUAUAGCAGAUCAGCUAAGCUGAUGUGAGGAGAUGCUCUGAACUAGUUUUUACCAUAUCCAACAGAUUUACAUUAAGAUACGAGAGCUUUUCUUUUCUCAGUUAAAUCACAGCGCAUAGAAGGGUUUAAACUCUGAAUUAACAAGUCUUUGAUACCCUGCUUCUGUUCAAGCAGUGUAUAUUUUAGAAAGUUAUCAUAAUUACCAGAAACAGCUAGAAGCUCCCACAGUAUCUCAAUUUCAUCCAGCACUUGUGCUUUUAAAAACUGCUGUUAACUGCUUGAUGCCAGAAUUGCCUGGCAUGAGGUCCAUUGCUGGCAAUGGACACACCAGGAUCCACCACUGUGAAAGGGUUAGGAGAAUUUGCGGUCCUGAAAAGGCCAUAUUUCUGACUUGCUUAUUUAUAAUUCCAUCUCAUCAGAUUUUUCGGCAUAACUGUUGCUUUUGUCUAAAUCUAGAGAUGUCAACACUACAGCUCUUGAAGAAAAAUACGUUAUAGCCUUAAAGAUGCAUAAGCUUGGGCAGGAGGAGAGCACUGUGCCCAAAACGGUGGUUGUAAAUAUUUUGCUUUGCUAUAAUAGCUCUCAAACUUUGGUUCAUUGACCACCAAUGUUCUGUGGAGUCUUUCCUGGUAGCUCGCAGAAUGAAAUGGUAUGAGAUCCAAGCAAUGAAGAACUGGUGUUUUGGUAGGAGAUAUGGGUCCCUGAGAAAAUUUCAAUUCU